CAGCGACUGAUUUUCGCAGUGUUCUCGGGUGACGACAUUUUGUCAAUAAUUCCUGUACUGGUUGGGAUUUUAGUAAUUUCUUUAGUAUUUAGUGUGUUUUUAAAGCCACGAAAAUGGCUGAUAAUGAACAGAAAGCAAUGCAGUUGAUGGCUGAGGCGGAGAAAAAGUUGAGUUCAUCUAAGACCUUUCUUGGGUCACUUUUUGGGGGCUCAUCAAAGCUGGAAGAAGCAGUAGACUGCUAUCUCCGGGCUGGCAACCUGUUCAAGAUGGCUAAGAAGUGGGCCCAGGCCGGUCAGGCCUUCUGCAACGCAGCGCAACUGCACCUCAAGGCUGGAGUCCGCCAUGAUGCUGCCACCAACUUUGUUGAUGCUUCCAAUUGCUACAAGAAGUGUGAUGCUAAUGAGGCAGUCUCGUGCCUGUUGAAGGCAAUUGAGAUCUACACUGACAUGGGCCGUUUCACUGUUGCGGCUAAGCAGCAUCAGAACAUAGCUGAGCUGUACGAGACCGAGUGCGUUGACCUCGCGCGCGCCAUGCAGCACUACGAGCAGGCGGCGGACUACUUCCGCGGCGAGGAGUCCACCUCCUCCGCCAACAAGUGCAUGCUCAAGCUGGCCCAGUACGCGGCCCAGCUCGAGCACUACGACAAGGCCGUGCAGAUAUACGAGCAGAUUGCCAAGUCGUCCCUGGACAACAGCCUGCUGAAGUACAGCGCCAAGGAGUACAUGUUCCGCGCGGCGCUGUGCCACCUGUGCGUUGACGUGUUGAACGCGUCGCACGCCAUCGAGAAGUACUGCGGACUCUACCCUGCCUUCGCUGACACUAGGGAGUGCAAGCUUAUCAAGGAACUGAUCGAGCACCUUGAAGACCAGAACAUCGAGGGCUUCACCGAGGCGGUAAAGAACUACGACAGCAUAUCGCGACUCGACCAGUGGUACACGACCAUGCUCGUGCGCGUCAAGAAACAGAUCAACGACAACCCCGACCUGCGCUGAAUCCGCUGCCCCGCUGCACAUGUUAGGUUUGUGUGCUGUAGCUAGGUAGAUUUGGGAGCGUUUCCACCUUUUAGACAAUUUCAUAGAGAAAUAAACUAAGCACCAUUUCUUAAACUAAAAACUCAAACUAAAAACCAACGCAACUUCAGAAUUUUGAUUCCCGCCGUUUAAAAUCUUGGGUUGCAAUUCGCAUGUAUACACCUUCCUUUAUGCCUUCUCGAAUUCCAUGCCAUCGCCUGUCAAAUUCGCAACUGGACUAAGGAUCGGUUGCACCAAAGCAUCUUCUACCGAAUUUAUCGUUCGCUAAAGUUGUAUGGGAAUUUCCAUCAACUUCUGCUGCGUGAUGUGUCUGUCAAAAUGGCCCUAAGUGUAACUUACGCCCUAAAAAUCACACCACUUUAUAAUAUCGUAGUGCAGUGUUUUUAAUAGGUUAUCCGUGUAUACAUGUCCACAAUUUAAUCAAUAUUUCAUUUAUGUGAUUUGACUAAGAUUACUAAGACGGUGGAAAUGCUCGUGAAUUUAUUUUAACAACAUCUAUCUAAUACUGAUCGGUAAAAUAUAUUUAAAAUAUUUAAUUGUACUCAAGUCUAGUGUAACAAAAAUAUUUUAAAUUAGAUUUAUUAAAUCAAUAUUUAGAGACCAGUAUUAGAUAGAUUGCUGCAAUGUUACAGUCUGUUUCGAUGUAAAAGCCUUGUGAACUGUGCGGUAUUUAGAAUAGUAUAAAAUCCUCUUGAGUAACUACUAACUAAUAAAUGUGAAAUAAGAAUGUAUUAACUAAAUACCGCAAAGUAGGUAUUCAAAAGCUCAGCACAUAUUUAAAAUUCUAAAUAAUAAUACAUUACAUCUCAACGGUAAUGUCGAUGUGUUUGUAUUGAUUUUGAAUUUGUAAAUAAAAGCUGUGGUUUAUUAUAAAUUAUGCGAUCUUAAAUUUAAUUAGAAAAGUAAUUAACUGUGGUAAAGUAAUCGGAAUGGAAAUCUAAUAUAUCACGCGAAAGAAUAAAGGAAAUGUAGAAACUUUUUGAAAUUGACUGGUUCAAUGAAUGUGUGCGACCAAAAUUCGUACAUCUAAGUCUGCGCAUGGCAACUUUCCCAUAGUUAUGAAACAAUUGUAGACCUUUCUUUUCAUUCCUUGUAUAAGGUUAUUGCUCAAAAGAGCACACAUCGAAGUGGCGACACGGCUUGACAUGUUACUUUAGGACAUCAGUGCUAUUCCAUCGUUUAUCUAAUCUCUACGUUACACUACUCCCCAUUACGCUUUUAGUGGUCGUGUCCUUUAAAAAGGACAUCAUUUUACAUGUCAUUUAUAAAUGAUAGUCAACUACAGUCCAUAAUUGAAUAUAAAUAUCAGUAUGCUUUUAAUAGGAACAAUGUUUUUAGAACUAGAGGCUAUUUGAUAAGAUUGAUUGUAGUCAACGUUCCUUUAGUUUACGAAUAGUAUUAAUUGCUGAAGUUUACCGCCGCUUACUGACUGUCGAACAUCGCGAGAUGAAGCAGUCAGGCAGCUAUCAUAGCAAUAAUAGUCAAGGGUCACUUGACGAAAUACGCCUAGUUUUUUUACUAUCAAGGACCUGCUAAUGUUCGAUAUCGUACAUAAAUAAACACUAGUUAGUAUAAAUACUUUGUGUAUGCGAAAUAGAUGUCCUAUUUAAAGGACGGCAUUUACAGUCAGUUUUACGAUAGAUGAUAGUUAUCAAAAAAAUUGUAAGUGUAAGACGCAAUAUUUAAGAUUUAUACUUAGAGGAUGUAUUAUAAUUAUGUACGUUUAAUCGUAAUAUAUUAAAUUAUCGAAGUACAUUAUAUUGUUUUCUCUUAUUACAGUCAUACAACUUGAUCUAAUAAUUACUACUUAUAUCAAAACAAUCUGUAUUACAUAGUAUUUGACGACUGCAGUUAGUGAUCAGCCUUACAUAACAGUUAGUGUAAAGCACAGUUUCUUUUCAGUUUCUGUAUCUUCACUUUUUCACAUUCAAAUGUAAAAUAUAUCUCGAAACAAAUUGUGGAGUUUUGCUGAAAAAAAAUUACGUGUCUAAGGAUUCGGUUUAGACUGAUUUAGUAAAAUCGGCAUUGGUCGGUAUAUCUUCUUCAUUUUUCGUUUACCUGUUGAACUCAAUAAAACAUACAGGAAAGGAGCAUAUAACAUACUAAAAUAUCAGAAAGUAUGAUAACUAUUAUGAUGAAUAAAAAAAGGGACGCCAUGUUCGUAUUAAUUUUGAAUUCUAUUUAUAAACUUUCUCUCUCAGUACUAUCUGUAGUGAUUGAUUACCUACUUAUAUUGUACCUUCCAUAAAUUUGUUGAUUUUGGUCAAUAGUGUAAUGUAGAGGUAUUAGUGUUUGCUGAUCUAGGUAUAAUUAUUAGGUUGUAAGCAGGGAAGAAUUUUUAAAUCAUUAUAUGACACAUUUAACUUUCCAUUGCCCAGAAAGAUUUAGGUGUCGAUAGUUACUUAUAUUAAAAUAGGUAAUAACACUAAUAUCCCAGUCAGCUUAUGUAAGCAAGAACUCCGCAGACAGUUCUAAAGGAAUUGCGAAGAGAAUGUAGUCAAGUCACAUAGACUUAAAUAUGCAAUGAAUGUUGUUGAAGGGAAUCAGCAGGGUUAGCACAUGAUUGCCGCGAGAUAGAUCACACGUCUCCUUCUAAUUGUAUUAAUGACAUAAGGACGGGUAGUCUAUCUCGCGCCAAUCAUGUACUAACCCUGCAGUUUUAUAUAUCAAAAAAUGGGACAACUUACACAAGUCGACCUAGCACCAAACUAAGCAAAGCUUGUACUAUGGGUAUACUAUAUUUAUCAAAGCUAUAUUUAUCGACAUCUAUAUCUGGCUAUAUAUUUAUAAAAUACACAUAAUUUUGAGUAUAACUAUAACUUGUUUAUGUCGUUAUUAAGCCAUUCCAAAUUGGCCGUUUUUGUAUUGUACAUAUUUAUUUUAGUGCUUAGGCAAUUUAGAUAUAGGUGUGUCCCUAUAUUGGGUUAUUUUCAUUUAGCAUUCAAAGGUACUGUCGCAAAUUAUAAAUACAUGAAUAAAAUGAUCAUUCUAUGUUCCAUCUGUAUUAUAUGGUGUUUACUGCACAACUUCAAAAGUUGGCCGAUAUGUAUACCAUCAUACUAUUACAUUGAUAUACAGUACGCUAUUUGUUAAAGUAUCAAUAUGAGUUUACUAAAUCGAUCUAGUAAUAUUUUGGGGGCCUAUUCUCAAUAUAGACUAACGAUUAAAAGCGAUCGAAUAACGAUCCGUCUUUUGUUAUUAAUGUAAAUAUUAUCGUUUCGUUAUCUAAUAAAUUUUAUAUUUUA